AUGAGCAAAUCAGCAGCAACCACCAAUGGCACCGCCACGCCCAUCUCUGGCGCUGCAGGUAGCACCGCAAGCUCCAGCACCGCAGUCAUUGGUAUCAACCUGGGCAACACUUACUCCUCCAUUGCUUGCAUCAACCAACAUGGACGAGCUGAUGUGAUCGCAAACGAAGACGGAGAGAGACAGCUGGCCACUCGCAUCGCUUUCAAUGGCGAUCAAGUAUACAUCGGUCAGCAGGCCACUCCGCAACUCGUGAGAAAUGCCCCAAACGUCAUCGACCGAUUUGUUAGCUUGCUUGGACGCAGCUACAAAGAAUUGAGCUCAUCCGAACUCGCCCGCGACUCCGCACAAGUUCUGGACAAGAAUGGCGUCCCCUCUUUCGAGGUGGAGAUUGACGGGAAGAAGACGGUCCUCUCUGCUCACGAUGCCUCAGUUCGAUACAUCGCCUCGCUAUUCGCUACCGCCAAGGACUUUCUCUCCGGCGUGCCAAUCGCUGGUGCUGUUCUCUCCGUUCCUCUGUCCUUUACUGCAGCCCAAUCCGCCGGAGUGAGGAAGGCGGCGCAAGAGGCCGGCUUGAUCGUUCUGGAAACUCUGGCUGCGCCUAGUGCCGCUCUGGUUGGCUACGGCAUCACCUUGCCUGGACCUCGAGGAGAACUGCCUUCGAACCCAGAGGGCGAUGAGAGCGGACAUCAGACUACGUAUGCUCCUGGCAGAGCCCUGGACAGAACGAUUGCCGUGGUCGAUGUUGGUGCAGAGACGACCACAGCCACCAUCGUUGCUGCUCGUGCAGGCUUGUAUGCGCUCCUUUCCAGCAGCACCUCGCAAGUGGGCGGCAAAGGCAUCGAUGACGCAUUGCUGCAAUUCUUUGCCAAGGAAUUCACAAAGAAGACAAAGGUCAGCAUCAAGGAGACGGACACCAGGUCAUGGGCUAAGUUGAGAAUUGAGGCGGAGAAGACCAAGAAGGCCUUGAGUGCAAGCUCGGGUGCUCAACAGUGCAGUGUAGAGAGCCUGGCCGAAGGCCUGGAUUUCAGUGGCAGCAUCAAUCGAGUCAGGCUCGACAUGCUCUCUGGCAAAGUGUACGACGAGGUGAUCCAAACACUCAAGGCUGCGUUGGAGAACGCCAAGCUGGACGCCAGUCAGGUCGACGAGGUGAUCUUGGCGGGAGGCACAUCUAGAUUGCCGGGCUUGGUGGAAAGGCUCUCCUUCAUUUUCCCCGAGGAAGGUGGAGCUAGCAUCACUCACGGCAUCGACUCUUCAGAGGUGCUCGCUAGAGGAUCAGCCUUGCAAGCUCAGGUCAUUGCUGCCGUGCCGGCUUCUUCUGCAGAGAGGAAGCACAUUGAGAGCCUCCCUUCUGCUCCGCCUGGCGAGGUAUCAGAGUUGAAAGUCAGAUCGACGAGCAAAGCUUUCGGGCUCGUGCUACCUGCAGCGACCGAGGAAGCCAAGAAGCUGGCUUCUACAGAUGGCAAGCUGUUCGUCACCUUGCUGCCGCAACAUACUCCACUGCCUGCUAGACGAAGCUUCCUUCUCCCAGGCCCAGAGGCAGCACCGGCAGCUCUUCUGUCGUUCCACGAGGGAACCGCAGAGGUCAAGGUGGAGACUUUGGCUCCCCCCGCGCCAGACCCCGAGGAUGAAGAUGACGAGCCUGAAGAGCCAGAAGAGGUUCGUACGGCCAUCGUCAAGCCCGAUUCCAAGGCGCUGGCAGAACUCGCCGUGACCAUAUCCAAAGGAAAGAACGUGCUGGUCAACGUGGUUGCCAACGCCGACGGCAGCGUGGACAUUCAAGCUGGCGAGGAAGGUGCAGAGAUCACGGCAAAGAUCUCUCUGCCCGCCUCCAAGUAGACAUGCAGAGUACGAGCAAUAGACACACUCUCUCGCUUACUGAGCUCAUGCGACCGCGAUAAUGCAUAGAUCUUGGUUUCGUUUGACCCCAUGCGCUCACGAGCAUUCAUCGUCACGCCAGAACGUCGAUGGCGCUCGACGCAAACUACACACGCUUCUUCCAGGCUCACCCGCGUGAAAGUAUCGCAUGAUCAUGGAUUGCGUUUUGUAAAGCACACCAGAAG